AUGGGCAGCAUCUCAUUCCGCGAACACAUCCGCUGGAUCCCCGACGAGGCCAGCGAGCCAACGUCCACGAUCGUGCUCACGUCCCCGCAGCGCCGGUUCGUGGAUCUCCGCAUCUUGAAGUCGGGGCCGAACGCGGAGGGAUCACACGGCAUCGAGCGCCUGGAAUGGGGCAUCGCAGGCACCUCCUCCUCCUCGCUCAUCCCGGACGGCAAGGGCGGCGAGGUGCGGCACUCGCGCUGGGACCACUGGAUCGACUCGCGCACGACGGAGCCCGAGAAGGCCGGCGACGAGGGCGACAUGUACCCGCAGCCCGGGGGCGACCUCACGCUGGAGAAGGGGCGGAUGGUGAACCCCGCCACGGGGCGGGAGUGCGACUACGAGGAGCUCUGGAGGGACGUCGAUCCGCAGCCUGCUUCCGCUGCUGCUGCUGCGCCGGAGUGCGUCGUGCUGAGGUUCGAGGACGAAAGUCGCGCGGCGAGGGGCGUGGUUGUGUGGUUGGGCCGGUUCUGUCAGGGGAUCUCGCGGGUCGGGGGGGAUGUUGUCGCGGAGAGGUGGGAGUGGAAGGGGGAGGACGCCGGGUGGGUGAGGACGGUCGGGAUCGGGGCCGAGGGGGCGCUUCCGUGUGAGGUGCUGUUGAAGACCGGGGGUGGGUUGGGUGUUGGGGCGCAUGUGAAGCAUGGGGAGGUUGUUUGGGAUGUUCUUGAGAGUAGUGCGUAA